CUGUUUAAGUGUUCCUACCAAGAGAGCAGUGAUGAGCUACUAGUGCCUUCUGUUUCAGCAUCAGGGCAGAGCCAAGAGGAGGAAAGGUGGGACUCUGAAUGGGUGGAAAACUUGCCAGAGAGAAGUAGGGGAGGCAAGAAAGGUGCUUUCUCUUCUGUAAAGCCCACUAGGCCGGCAUCAUGAUACCAUCCACUUUCAUCAACUAUUAUGUCCAGACCCCUUCUGUGACAUAUGUAACAGCACAACUGCUGAGGUGAAUCGGCUGCUGUUCCAGAGACCCUGGAUGAUGCUACUCCCUCUGUGAUCCCCUUGGUUUCUACAGCUUCUGUGACUGACUCAUCAUUCACUUUGUCUCCCAACUUCUCUGCAGUUGCUCCAGGAGACCUACUACCAGACUCUUUGCCUGAGCCUUCCCCCCAAUCCCCUCCAUCUUCUCACCUAAACAACCUAACCUUUAGCUGACUUUUUCUUACCCUCACCCCUAGGUACUCUCUGCCACCAGAGCCAAAAGCCUAGGAUUCUUAAUUCCCAGAGAACCAUUCCAUAUCUCUAUCCCGUGCAUUUCCUUCUUUCCUACCAUAUGAUGUUCAGACAACAAGAGGCCACUUUACCUCUGAAUACCAUCUCCACUCUUGACCCCACCAUUUCACAAAAUAACCUCUUACCACACCUGUCUCAGACAAGGAAACCCAGUGAUUCAUUUGCUUGUCAUCAUGCACCACCAACUUCAUCUGUUUCACCACUGCCAGACUCCCCUUUAACUUUGAUUCAAUCUAAAUCAAUUUCCAUCUCACUGAAACCUGUUCCUGAGAAUUCAUCUCCAGAUAGUCCUGGUGAGAUAUCUACUUAUGUCCCAACAAUUAGAGGUAGUGACUGUUCAAAGCCAUCGAGUUCCGAAUUCACCUAUUGGCAGGCCCAUGCCAAGAACAUGUUCCUCCCCACAUCAUCACACUCUGAUGUUCACCAAGAGCAAGUCUACCUCCAUCAACCAGAAACCUGUCUCAGGAGAGAGUCUGCUACUAAACACAAGGAGGCCAGUGGAAUUUCUUUCCCUGGUCUUAUCUUCCAGGCCCUAUUGCAGAGACAAAUGGAGAAGAGAAUGGCUUUCCAGAUUUUAGAGAAGAAAGUAAAAGAGGAGGUACCAUUUUCCAAACAAAUGUGGUCAGAUUACCAAAGGACAUCUUUAGGGAAUUUGCUGCAACCACUUGAUGUACAGUUCACCACAUCCUCCAAUAUUGGAUGGAAUACUGAAGGCAAACCAGAGCAGCUCUCUAUUUAUCAACAGCUCCUCUAUGUCAAGGCUUUGGCAGAAAACUUGCAUCAGAAAUAUAGCCAGCUCUUCUGGGGUCUUCCUUCUUUGCACAGUGAGUCCUUAGUAGCCACUCUCUUGUUUUCUAGUAGUACUUCUCCACCAGAGUCUCACUUUGUCUUAUUCAAUGGAAUUCAUAAUACCUCUGCCAUCAAAAUACAAGCAUCUCCACCACUUCCUCAUUCCCAACUAUUUCCUCUCCCCAUUGUACACCCACAAUCCUUGCCUCAAACCUUGUCCCCAUCCCAGCCUCUACCUUUCAAUAAGGUGAACACCCACCCCCAUUUUCAAUCCUGCCUCCCCAUCAUACCACCUUCUUCAUCCCUGAUUAGGGACUGUGGAGUGUCUUUCAGUAGAUCCAGGAAUGAAUCAGACUCUCCUAUCUUGACUGAAAAUCAACACCUGGGAUGGCACAUGUUGCAGAAGCAACAGGAAAAUUUGUGGGCUUUAGUCCCUGUGUUCCAGAAACCUGAAGAAACCAUUUGUCCUCGAGCUCCCAACCUUCCGCUGGUUAGCCAGUCAUCCCAUGCCUAUGUACCAGUCUCCAUCCUUCCUGGCCAUUUUCAUAUCAUCUGUGAGCCCCAGGAGACAAUGGAGUUACAUAGCCCAAGGACGGUAAUCCCACACUGGUGCCUCCAUGACUCUAGAAAUCUAGACUCCCUAGCAGUGUUGGAGCCUCAGCAUACAUUAUCAGAACUCUCUCAGCAAGACAAAGGCAGACAUGUUCACUCACAAUUCUCUGAGUUUCAGGGCCAUAGUAACAGAGAUAUAGCAAAGACUGAAUUGAGUCUCCCUGGAAGUUUCCAUGAGAGGGUCCAAACAAAGUUUCAGCUAAGGAAGGAUAUGAGGAGGAAUCUUGGGUAUAUCCUAGAGAAGAGUCCAGAAGACAGGCGACAAAGGGUCUCAGAAUGCCACCUAGUGAAGGGUCUGAGGGCAGACUUGGAGAAAAGUAACUGUGUGUGUCAUUCAAGGAAUCACUCAGGGAAUGAAUUAUUGAAUGUCUCAAGGAAGAACACAGACCAGAAUCAAACGAAAAGUAUUCUUAAUUUACAUAUGAGCAAGAAGUUUUGGCAGAUCACUGCGGGUAGGAUUCCUAUAGGUGUGUGUUAUUCGUGGCUGGCUGAUGACAAUACAUUGCCUUUUUCUGGGAGUUCCCAGACUGCUCGAGAAAACACAGAUUCUAAAAAGACAAUGGUGGGUAGGGUUUACGGCCAGAGCAUCACUCUAGAGCAUUCUUUUCUUGAUCCCAGGACACAACAGGUGCUAGAGGCCCAUAUUAUUAGAUUUCGCAUGAGUCAGAGGUGGGGUCUACCACUCAGGGUUCUUGAAUCCAUAAAAUUCUAUAUGUUGAGAGAAGCCAAAAUAUGGCCUCUUCCCCAAUUUGACUUUUCCUCCUCAGCCAUGCAUAUUUCUGGGGUCAAUUCCAAAGUUGACUUUUUUAAACCCCUUGAGGGAAGCUCUAAACCUUUUUUGGGAAACAGGGUGAGAACAACAAAGUCAGUCCCCACUGCAGAUCAUCCUCUCCCCACUAUGUCAUCUGUGGGCAAUGAAGGACAGGGGGGCCUGAAGGCAUCACACUCUGACACUGAUCAUAAGACUGCAGAGUGUAUCCAGAUAGCUGAGUGGGGCAGCCAGACUUUUCAGCCUCUUACACACAGCAUCAGAGCUCAAGUGCGACCCAGUGAGACUGUACCAGACAACACAAGUGGCCCAGAGGUACCCACAAGUCGAGCUGGGGCUGGACAUGAGCCAGUGCAUGAGAACUUGAGUUCCAGUAACAGAGUAGAUAUGGAACAGGGCAAGGUGAUGGUCGAGAGGAAUUUACAACACUUUGCCAUGCCCAACCUGUCCAGGGAUAUAUCUGACACCAAGGAGUUCUGUACCCUUCAAUCCCAAUCUUGGGAAAUCUUGACAACCAGUGAGUUGGGAAGCUCCAAAAUAAUAAAUGCCAACAUGAAUAAAGUAGAAACUGCCCUGACCACAGAACACCCCUCACCAAAAAUACUGAUUCCUCAAGAUUCUAAACUAUCAGACCUGAAAAGACAGAUCCUGAGUGAGUUAAAGUUUAAACUGGAGAGUGAGGAGCAUAACCAGGCUCAAGGAAGUCCCACUGACAUGCACCUUCCUUCAGAGAGCUUGACUUCCAAGGCUUCACUGACUCAGUCCCAGAGUGUGUGCAGCGGGGACAUGGAGGCAUCCCAGGUGGUGCAUGUCCAACUUAAGGACAGCAGAAUUAGCACGGCGGAGCAGAAGGAAUCCUUGGGCUUGAAGCUGGCCUUCUGUAAGGGCCAGCCUAUGAAUUUCUCACAAAGAAGUGCAAAGAAAGUGAGACCUCAGGAUCCCAAAGCAAGAAAAUGCAGAAGUGAGGACUCAGGAGUAGGGACAUCUGCAGGCAGAGAGGAGAGCCUCCAUGUUGAGGACAUAAAAUUAAAGCAUGCUUCAACUCUGUCACAGAAUGAACAGUUUCCUCUUGAAAGUUACUUCAGAAAAAAGAUGAGUCAAUUUUCUCAGUGGAUCAAUUCCAAGAAAAAAAUCACAGGGCAUCAAGAAAGUCCCCAGCAAAAAGCCAAGUUCAUGUCCACCUCAGCGCAGCACCAAGACCCAGUUGAAAGUGUGGCUACUUUUGGGAGUGAUUGGCCUCCUGAAGCUCAGAAUUUCACUACCAUUGGGAAGGUCCUAGAAGAGAAGGAGGCACGUGGAUAUGAGGCCUCAAAGUUAAGCCAGCAGCUGGAGGAACUACAGGCCCAGGUAGGGCCUGACAAGAGACCUCCCUCCACAUAUCAGGCUCUUUCUGACCCACAACAAGAGAAACGGGCAAGUAUCAAGUCCUGCAGCCAAGAAGCUGUCUGUGCUGCACAGAAAUGUCCUACAAGGAUCACACAGAACAGAGAUAGGGUCACACAGCCUCAGAAAGCUGAAGCCUUUGAGAAUCAGCUAUUAAGCCAGAGUCAAUGCCCUUCUUCUCUGCCUUCUGGGGAGUCUGUGCCUCAUCCAAGCUCCACCUGUGUGCAUCAAGUAUGCCAGGUCCUUUGGGCCACCAGGGGUGACCCUGAUGAACGUACUGUGUUUAGCGAUUUGACUCUUCUACUCAGACAGAAAAUGCUUCUCCAGCACUUGCAGGGAGAAAAAUUUCCCUAAAGAAAUCAUUCAGUCCUUAUUGAUAAAGGUUCACAAUUUUCAUGACAAUAUAUCCUCUGAUGAGAACAACCUUCAGCACAACCAAGAAUAUUAAUC